CGGUCUGCAUCUGCACGUGGGUGAUGGAGCCUCUCCGGGAUUUGGCUGCCGAUCUGCACCGGGUCCAAGCCCUGAAAUUCGGCAACUUCCAGCUGAAGAGCGGCCUCAGCUCCCCCGUCUACUUCGACCUCAGAGUCAUCGUGUCCCACCCGGGCCUCCUGAACCGGGUUGCGGAUCUGCUGCACCAGACGGCCCGGGACGCUGCUCUCCGCUACGACUCGAUAUGUGGGGUCCCGUAUACAGCCCUCCCUCUGGCCACCAUCAUCUGCUCCACGCAGGCGGUGCCGAUGCUGAUCCGCAGGAAAGAGGCCAAAGACUACGGAACUAAACGGCUGGUCGAAGGCACAAUCACUCCUGGGGAGACCUGCUUGAUCAUCGAAGAUGUCGUCACCAGCGGCUCGAGUGUCUUGGAGACCGCUGAGGUCCUGAGAAGAGAGGGUCUGCAGGUCACAGACGCCAUUGUUCUGGUGGACAGGGAGCAGGGGGGGAAGGAGAGGCUGGCAGAGAGUGGCAUCCGCCUGCACUCCGUUAGCACCCUGACACGUCUCAUGGAGAUCCUGCAAGCCCUGGAGGCUGUCGGUGCCGACACCGCGCAGGAGGUCAGGAGGUUCAUCCAGGAAAAUAAAGUCACUUCGCAGGCGUCCGCCCCGGCCCAAAAGUGCCGCCUGAGCUACGCGUCCCGCUCGCUCCUCCCCGGCACCCACCCCCUGGCAUCGCGGCUCCUGACCAUUAUGGAGAAGAAGAAGACCAAUCUUUGCCUGUCGGCCGACGUGACUCACUCCGCCGAGCUCCUUCAGCUGGCUGCCGAGCUGGGCCCCGCCAUCUGCAUGUUGAAGACCCACGUGGACGUCCUGAGCGACUUCACCCCCGACGUGGCUUCUGGGCUCCGAGCCGCCGCCGAUCAGCACGAGUUCCUUCUGUUUGAGGAUCGUAAAUUUGCGGAUAUCGGGAACACGGUCCGGCAGCAGUACGAAGGUGGAAUCUAUAGAAUCUCGUCCUGGUCGGACGUGGUAAAUGCCCACGCCGUGCCGGGCCCCGGGGUGCUGCAGGGACUGCGGGAAGUCGGCUCGGCUCUGGGAAGAGGGUGUCUGGUUAUUGCCGAGAUGAGUUCCCAGGGGUCGCUGGCUACCGGGGGCUACACAAAGGCGGCGGUGAAACUGGCCGAGGAUUGUCCGGAUUUUGUGUUUGGAUUUAUUUCCGGCUGCGGCGUCAGCGAUAAACCGGAGCUGCUGCACCUGACCCCGGGCGUCCAGCUGCAGGCAGGGGGUGAUAAUCUGGGCCAGCAGUACCAGAGUCCACAUGAUGUCAUUGCCAAGAAGGGCUCUGACAUCAUCAUUGUGGGACGAGGCAUCUUAUCAGCCAGCGAUCGGUUGGAAGCCGCCGAGAUGUACCGCGCUGCCGGCUGGGAGGCGUACCGGAGCCGGAUCGCAGCCGCCGAGGGGCAGACAUGAUGUUCGGAGAUGCCAACUGCCCGGUAACCCCACGACCAAAACCCGCUGCCAUCGCUGGCUGCCCGCUUACCCCGCCGUGCCAAUUACCCGCUGGAACUGAUACAGAUAGUGGCUCCCAUUAAUAUCACUGAUUAACCUGACCCCCCUGCCUCUCCUAUUGCCCCAGCCGUGGUUACAGCUUGUGCCGCACGGGGUUAAAGUGUAGGCAAUUGGUGACCUUCUGCCAACGGGGGAAAUUCAUGGUCCUAAAAGGUUUGAUUGUUCUGCCAGUGGGAGGGAAGCUGAAAUGCUUGGGGGGGGGUUGUGUGUCACUUGCUGCCCCCCUCUCCUGGGGUCUGGCUGUAGAAAUAAACUGUUUGGGGAGAAGAUGCUGAUCCCCCGACGGGCAGUCCGGCUCCGGCAUCUCGCACUCCAUGUAAUAAACAGCGAUGUCUGACGCGGCGGCUCCUGCUGCAUUAAAUGUUUCGUGGUCUCCGUGUUCAUCUGUGAGCGGCCGGGGGGAAUUUAAAAUAAACAAUGAGAAAUCUGUUAUCGGGGAA